AUGCGUGGGGUGACCAUUCUCAAAGCGGAGGAUGAUAAAACUAGGGCCUUAAAUCCACACACUUUGAUGGCGUUCUCCGGGGAGGCGGGAGAUACUGGUAUGUUUCAUCGAUGGAAAGCGGGACGUAGGAGUUGGAUUAGUUGGUGGAAUGAGCUAAUGGAUGCUGGUAUAUGUGUGCGCGCGAAUAGUCCAGUUUGCGGAAUAUAUUCAAGCUAAUGUGCAGUUGUAUGGGAUGAGGAAUAACUCUAAAUGGCAGCUAUCUCCCAGCGCUGUUGCUAGUUUUGUGAGGCGCCAACUUGCGAAGACCUUAAGGAGCCGGGUAUAAAUUCUUUCCUUACGGUUUGGUGUUUUGGGUUCCUGACUUGGAUGGGUAGAGCCCCUACUACGUCAACCUUCUUAUCGGGGGAUUCGACUGCACUACUGGAAAGCCCCAUCUUUACUGGCUAGACUACCUAGCGUCAUCGGCGGCUGUACCUUAUGCUGCUCAUGGAUAUGCUCAGUACUAUUGUUUGUCGAUUCUGGAUAAGCAUCAUCAUCCUGAUAUCACCUUGGAGGAGGGGAAGAAGUUGAUGAAGAUGUGUCAUGAUGAGGUCCGUAUCCCUCAUUACUAUUUAGUUUGGCGGCUGGAUUUUGUUAAUAUGUGGAUAUAGCUGGUCAAGAGGUUGCCGAUAGACUUCAAGGGAUUGACGGUAAAGGCAGUCACGAAGAAUGGUGUGGAAGUUGUCCAGAUUUAAGGUUCUGUGCAUAGGCGGUUCGCGUUAUUGUUUAAUGUAGAAACUUUAAUCGCGGAUUAAAUAACCUCACUGAUAUCCAAUGCGCCUUGAUCUCUUCGG